CUGAGGGAUGCGGCGGCGUCCACCAUGUUGGGUUCUGCUGAAGUGAAGCUGUGCGCCACCUUCGUCCUGCUCGUCCUCGGAGCGCUCGCCAACGUUUUCAACCUGGCGGCCACGCUGGCGCAGCAGCCCGGAGGAGGCGGGACCGUCGCCGUCGUCAUCUGCUUCAUCUCGCUGGGCAGUGUCCUGCUGCAGAUCUCCACUUUCGUCCUCGUGGCGUCCGUCUGGGUCGGCGUCCUCUGCUGGCCGGACCUGCCCUUCUUCUUCUGCCUCGUCCUGUUCGUUUGGCUCAGCAGCAGCUCCGUCAGCUUCUGGUCGGUGGCCGGGCUCAGCGUCCUCUACUGCGUGAAGGUGGUGAGUUUCUCCUCGGUGGUCUUCAGAGCUCUCCAGAGGAACAGCUCGGUCGUCCUGAACGUGGCCUUGACGGUGACCUUGCUGAUCUCCUGCGUCGUGUUCGCCCCGUUCUUCUACCUCCAUUUCCAGAAAGAAACUCUUCCCAACUCCACAGAAGGGACUUCUUGUGUCAUCAGGAAGCCUCUGUUCCCCGCCUGGGUGGACGUCCACGUUUAUGUGGUGGUCUUCAUCUCCUACCUCGUCCUCGUGCCGUUAGCGAUCAUGCUGCUGACUUCCCUGAGGCUGGUGGUGUUCCUUUGCAGACACACCUCAUCCAUGCAGAAGAAGAAGCAGCAGCAUGGUGGAUCUAAUGCUGCAGAGUCCUACCUUCUGGUCUGCAGGCUGACUGUAGCUCUGGUCUGGGUUUACUUCACCACACUCCUCCAUAUCUCCCUCUACUACUUCCACGCUAUCUUCGCCUCUGGGCUGAGCGCCGACAUGCUCUUCCUCAGUUUGUCUUUUUACUGCGUUGCUUCUGCGAUGCUCCUCACCUGCUCCAAUAAAAACCUGAGAGAGAAGCUCAGUUUGCUGCUCUGCAAGAGAAAGACGAAGGCCAGGAGUGUUAAAGAUAAAGAGGAAGUGACAGCCACAAUUUGAUGAGUUUAAUGCCUACACUCAACAUUACUUUCCUUAACAAUACAUGACUCAAGUAGUGUAGAUUAACGGUAGUACUUGGGUGUUUCACCAGGUCAUUGAAUACUGUAAUGAUCAGAGAAGCUGUCACUCAGACUACAGUUCAUGUUGGCAAGCUGAGAACUGAAGGUGUUUAGCUAGCAAUGGGCACAAUGACAAAGACUUCUGUGACACCUAAUGACCUCUAGGCAGAGCUGGAGUCAACAGGGUAUUAUUAUUUUGUGACUUCCUUGAUGUUCUUCACCUGUUAAAACAGAAAACUUGAGAGAACCUCAGUGAGUUGCUCUACAAGAGAAAAAUAAAUUCUAGAAGAUUUGAAGAU